CAUUAGCAAAAUAAAUAAGUAAAUGACAAUAUUAGCUCCUUAUCACCACAUCUGUGGUUUUAUUUCAAGGAGAAGAUACUCUUUAAAUAAUGCAUAAAGUGCGACACUGCUGUUUUCGCUUCGAGCCGAAUUGUCAGUGCCACAACUCUCAUCGCCAUAUGCUACUCGCUGUGUCAUAGCAUCCUCAUCACCGUGAAAAACAACUUAGUUAUGGGGUGUCACUUGGUUCUCUGUUACUUACUUCCGAUCAAUAGAUUUGUAAAUAUCGUCUAUCGGGUGUUGCUCUUGACACCACUAGUUCGUUUGCAGGGAGGACACCUUGUGUGCAGAAAUACAUCGUGUGUAUUUCUGGAAAUAUGAAACUGUGGCUGACUACUAGCGUUGUGCGCGUGUGUACUGUUAGUCUGUGCAGUGAAAAUCUUCUGAAAACUCUUGAGCUCUUUGCUUGUAGUUCUUUGCUUGGCCCUCGCUAGCUGUCAAGACGACCCAAUAGUCCAGCAAAAGUACUUCGCUAAGUGAAUGUGUUGUGUGAAUUAAGAUGUACAAAGCACUUAUCACCUGGGGUGUAGAUGGUAAGAGGACCUACAGUUGGGUUCACCGCAACCCAAGGUUGCAUCUUGUCUAGUGAGCGAUGUGCAUACUUGCAUCUGGCAGUAGUUUAUGUAUGGAUAUUUAUGGUCUAGUCAUAUCACUGAGGCUAUGAGAUUUGCACAGAAUACUUGUCUACGUACUUAAUUUCCGUGGAGGAGAUCAUAACAAAGGUUCACACAAGGAACUCUAGCCUUUGCGUAUACUAUACGGACCUCUGGAUGAAGUACUGAGCAUUAUAGCUGGUCCAAAAAGCCUCGAGCAUGCACAUGCAGCCAUUCUUGCAAUAUUCCAUAGACUUAUCAGACUCUUCUAUGUGAAGGAAAUGCUUCGCGUUGUCCGUCCUUUUUUUAUACCACGUAAGUCAACGUGGGUAGUGGUUGUGUUUAAACGAGAUUGCAUCAAUACCUGCCGUAUGUGAAGGUUUUGUAAAUUCACGUGUGCUGCUUUUGAUUUAUAACAAGAACCUGAAACAAAUUGGGGGGUGCAAUGGGUAACCUUAAGUGGACUGUUCUCAUGCCUAAAUAUAUAUUUCCAUAUAUUCUUUUUUCAAUUCAUCCGACACUGAGUUCGACGACUGCCACAAACAUAGAUAAACCUCAUCAGUGUCUUUAUUUUCUCUAUUUCAACUCAUUUACUAUAUUCACUUGAAUCUCUACCGCAACGCAUAUGCCACUUCCUGUGAAAGAGCGUACCGAACAAAAGCAUGUGGGCUACGGCAAAGUGAUUCUCUUUGGCGAGCAUUUCGUGGUCCAUGGUGCGGAGGCUAUUGUUGCUGGCAUUUGUGAAUACACGGAGUGUCGGCUGGAGGUUAUGCGUGGCAUGGCUGGUGUGCAGGUGGUGGACGAGCGCCCCGCUGUGCCUGGGUACAUUGAGGCGAAACGCGGGGAGCAGGCGGAGGCGCACCAGCUCGUGCUGAAACACCUGGGGAUCGACACGCGCACGGACGGUCUGCGGAUCUUUCUGGGUGGCCCUCUGGUCCCGAGCAGUGGCAUCGGGGCCUCCGCCAGCGAUGUCGUUUCCCUGUCCCGUGCUCUCAGUGAGCUGUACGAUCUGAAGCUCAACGAUGAUGCCAUCAACGAGAGCGCGUUUGCUGGCGAGUGCGGCUACCACGGGACACCGAGUGGGGUUGAUAACACCGCGGCGACCUUUGGUGGGCUCAUUUCCUACCGGCGGGUGAGCGGUAAAUCCCUUUUCAGCCCGAUUCCCUUCUCAGCAGAGCUAUACCUUGUGGUGGUGGGCACUGGUAUUACGGCGAGCACUGUGGAGGUCGUCCGGGAUGUGCAGAGGCUCAAAGAGCAGGACCCUGCAUUCUUUGAUCAGCUGUUUUCGGCGUACGAGGCUAUCGCUAAAAAGGCACAGGAGGCAUUCCUGGUUGGGGAUUUGAAGGAGGUUGGUGCCCUGAUGACCGCUACUCAUGACCUCUGCCGGAAGCUUACCAUUUCGUGCGAUGAGCUUGAACAGAUCGUGUCCUGCUGCAUGGCACACGGAGCGUUGGGUGCGAAGCUCUCCGGAACAGGGCGCGGUGGGAUUGCCGUCGCGUUAGCUUCUGAUGCCACACAACAGAAUACAAUUGCAGCAGCGCUGGGGAGCGAAUGCUCAGCUGCUAAGUUUAUCUGGAAAUACACGGUAAUGCCAAAUUCACAGGAGACGGUUCAGGUAUGA